AUGACUGAAUUAGAACUUGUCACCGACCCUGAUGAUCUGAAUGAGUUUCAUAUUACAGCUGGGUUGUCUAGCCUUAACACUGGAGGCCCGGGGGCCUCACCAGACCCAGUACCGCGGACGCGGAAGGUGAAGCUGGUUUUACUACAGCCUCUAGCCAACCCUGAUAUGCUUGCAGCCUGCCGUAAUCCAGAUUCUCGCGUCACUCGCAGAUCCACCGGUCUCUCUGGUGACACUUCCACUUGCGAGUUUCUCGAUAUCCGGCCCCUCAGUAAGGCGUGGAGACAGGCAACAAUGAAAGUCCCGCCCUUUUCUCACUUGAUAUUUGAUCUUACUCUACCCAAAGCGAAUGAAGGACGCAAUGUUUCCUUUCGGAAAGUGUACUGGGACGUUGGCAUGCCCCAAGGGGACACGCUCACUGUCGAGGCACGGGACGUUAUGAAUCUGGUCGUUACUAUCGCCACCGAGACGAGGAUACGAGCCAAGGGUAACGUGUGUUUCGAAAUCGUGUAUGACGAGGCUGAAGGGGUAGCGCCUAGGGUAUUGACCCGUCUAGACAAGCAACUUCUUGCUCUGCAGCAGUUUCCAGGGAAGAAAGAUGUGGAAAGGGCGAAUGGUCACUGA